CCGGAGGCGCCGCCGCCGCUCCCGAGGCCGCUGCCGCUGCCGCCGCCGCGCAGAGCCGGAGCCCGAGCCGCGGCCGAGAGGAGGGAGGAGGAGGUGGAGGAGGCGCCGGGCCGCGGGGUUGUCAGUAUUUAAACAGAGCACAUCAUGCGUGAGUACAAGCUAGUGGUCCUUGGUUCAGGAGGCGUGGGGAAGUCUGCUCUGACAGUUCAGUUUGUUCAGGGAAUUUUUGUUGAAAAAUAUGACCCAACGAUAGAAGAUUCCUACAGAAAGCAAGUUGAAGUAGAUUGCCAACAAUGUAUGCUGGAAAUCCUGGAUACUGCAGGAACAGAACAAUUUACAGCAAUGAGGGAUUUGUAUAUGAAGAAUGGCCAAGGGUUUGCACUAGUUUAUUCAAUUACAGCUCAGUCUACGUUUAAUGACUUACAGGACUUGAGAGAACAGAUUUUACGGGUUAAAGACACAGAAGAUGUUCCAAUGAUUUUGGUUGGCAAUAAAUGUGACCUUGAAGAUGAGCGGGUAGUUGGCAAAGAACAAGGCCAGAAUUUAGCAAGACAGUGGUGUAACUGUGCCUUUUUAGAAUCUUCUGCAAAGUCAAAGAUCAAUGUUAAUGAGAUAUUUUAUGACCUGGUCAGACAGAUAAAUAGAAAAACACCAGUGGAAAAGAAGAAGCCUAAAAAGAAAUCAUGUCUGCUGCUCUAGACUUGAAGUCAGCAGCAGCUCUGAGCCAGAUUACAGAAAUGAAGAACUGUUGCCUAAUUGGAAAGUGCCAGCAUUCCAGACUUCAAAAACUAAAUCUGAAGAGGCUUCUCCUGUUUUAUAUAUUAUGUGAAGAAUUUAGAUCUUAUAUUGGUUUGCACAAGUUCCCUGGAGAAAAAGUUGCUCUGUGUAUAUCUCCUGGAAAUAAGACAUAGUAUUUCUCCUUUGCAAUAGCAGUUAUAACAGAUGUGAAAUAAGAUACUUGACUCUAAUGCAAUUAUACAGAAGAGCAUGGAUGCAUUUCAAAUGUUAGAUGUUACUACUAUAAUCAAAUGAUUUCAUAUUGACCUUUUUAUCAUGACUCCUCCCUAUCAAGCACUAAAAAGUUGAACCAUCAUACUUUAUAUCCGUAAUGAUAUAGAUUAUGAAAUAUCCCCUCAAACUCAUUGCAGCAGAUAACUUUUUUGAGUCAUUGACUUCAUUUUAUAUUUAAAAAUUAUGAAAUAUCAUCUGUCAUAUUCUAAUUAAAAUUGUUUGUGCAUAAUGCUUUGGAAAAAUGGGUCUUUUAUAGGAAAAAACUGGGAUAACUGAUUUCUAUGGCUUUCAAAGCUAAAAUAUAUAAUAUACUAAACCAACUCUAAUAUUGCUUCUUGUGUUUUACUGUCAGAUUAAAUUACAGCUUUUAUGGAUGAUUAAAUUUUAGUACAUUUUCAUUUGGUUUGUGUCUUUUCGUUAUUGUUUAUAGAUUUGUCCUUUAUUUUAUAAUGAUCACAUUGUUUAAAAUGCAACAGUAGCUCCUUUCUGCCUGGAUUCAGCAGAACCCUUGGCUUUAAACUACACUAAUCGGUGAUUUCUCUAGAAACAGACCUCGCACUUCCUGCUCUAGAUAUAUUUAUUCUACUAUACAGUAAAAUACACCAGGUGACAUAGAAUAGUUUUGUAAAUUCUCUCUUGACCUUAAAGAUUGUAUCUUAUUGAAUAAAAUAUCCCACUGUAUUAUUUUUAUAUGUAAAAAGAUAAGUUUAAUACUGUAUCAGGGUUUGACUUUGACUAUUGCAAAUCCUGCACAGCUUGUAAUUUCAUCCAGGGAACCCUUGCCAUUGUUAAUUUGUUGGUGUGAGUGAGUUCACCAAUGAAGUAUUAUGUGAACAUUUUCAAACUUGCUUUCUGAUAGAUCGAAGAACAUGAAGGAACUGGUUGCAACUCAGAACACAAAAAGGGAUGCGUGACUUGACUAUAUGAUUAGUUAGCAGGAGUGAUAUGAAGAGAGCUACAUCACAGUUUUAGCCAGCUGUAUUUAGGUGCUUUUCUUUUCAUUCUCACUUUCAUUUUAUAAAGGUGGGGCUUAUGUAGGACAUGGACCCAGGGUGAUAACCGUUGUGUGUUCUCCAUGGAGAAAGGGAAAGCAAAUGGCUUGUUGGCCAGGUGCAUACUGGAGAAGAAAGCAGAUUGCAAGCUUAGGAAACCCUGUGCCUUGACCCCGAAAAUCAAGGAGACCAGUCCUAGAAAGUCAAUCUUUGCUCAGGGAUCUAGAUACGGUCUCAUUGCAGCUAGUUGUGAAGAGGUGUUCAUGCCUUGCUGAGAUUGCCAGGUAUGUGUCCAGCCCUUCAGUAAACUAAGUCAGCUUUCAAAUGUAAGCUCUGACCAACCUGAAGAAAUGUCAAAAAAUACUGUUUGAACAAUUGGAAAUUGUAUUCUUUUGAUAUUCUAAUAAACUUAGCUACUUAACACUUCCCUUCUCUUGAUGCAGUUAUGCAUGUCUGUGACUGAGGGGUAAAACCUUAAAAUAAACUAAAAUGCAAGUGGAAGGAUAGGGCCAGUUUGUGCCAGUGAGAAAAACUGGACUCUUUGCUUGAUUGUGUCUUUGUGUUUGUUUUUUAAAUGGAGUCUUACCGUACUACCCAUGCUGGCUUCCAAGUUCAGGUGAUCCUCCUGCCUUAGCAUCUCAAGUAACUAGGACUACAGAUACAUGUCACUGUGUGCGCAAUUAGAGAGGCACACCAUAUUUUAAGGACCUUUGAAGUCAUUAUGUUUUGAAAUACUUGUCACACAUUUCUUUGGACUUAAAAUCAUGGACAGAUAGACCCCACAAACCAGCACAAUGUCUGUCCUAUGUCAAAUGGGAUUCUGUAGGUAUUUGUUGCAUUAAAUUGAAGUCUUAGCAGUAGCAUGAAUUGAUUUUUUUUUUUAAUCAGCUUCUUUUGUCACCUCUGACGGUUGCCACUUGGGUUAAAGGUAAAUUCAAGAAAAAUGCCCUUUUUCGGCAAUCAGGUAUUCAAGGCAGCACCAGUGGAGUCAGGAAUGCAGUGUUAUCUAAGGGAAAUCUGUACUUGCUGAGCAAAUCAGAAAGGUGCCCUGUUAAGAGAAAGAGUUGCCUUUUUAUGGUGUGUUUUUGUGAACUCCUUGGUUCUGGAAGGGGUGCCCAAAGACAAGAUACAUUUUUGUAGCCAAGAAAUCAAGAGUCUCUAGGUAUUAAUUUGAAUAUCAUGACACAUAUCCAUGAAUGAAUUCCAUAGUAGUGUUUGUGGCUGUUUCAGAUAUAAUAGCUUUAGGUGUGUAGAAAACAUUCAUUCAUUUAAAGGAAGCUUGAUGCUAUAAUUGGUUGUUUUUCUUUUCCCCCAGCUAGACCACAAGCAACUUUAAUGACUUGAUGCCUUCAAUAAAGUUUUAGAAUUAACAGUAAAUAUUAGAAUAUCAUCUUACCCUCCACUAGGGGGAGCUUCAGUAUCAGAUGAUGCUUUUCUCUACCAGCAUUGUAUCAAAAGUAUUUCCUACAAAGAAAUUCCUUACAAAGAGGCAUGGAAGCUCUCCAUCAAGAGAGAAAGGUA